CAUCUUCCACCGAAUUUGCCACCAGGUUUUGAAGUUUCCGGCCCCCCUCAACCUCAGCAACAAGUACAGACACCUGGACCUUAUACUGGUGCGACUUCUGCGGUAUCCUCUGGCAUCACUGCUGCGCCUUCGGCUGCACCUCCACUGCAAGGACAGGCGUCGCAAGAGAGUGCACAGAAAAUGGACACUUCGGAACCGCUGCCACCGCCACCACAACCACCACAGCCAGCACCUGUUACACUGUCACAUGGCGCACAGCCACCAGUUUCAGCCCCACCUGCGGUUCCAGUUCACACGGUGCAGCCAAGCAUGGCUGCAGUACAACCACAGGUGCAACAACAGCCGCAGCCACAGCCGCAGCAACCUCCUCAACCUCCUGUACCAUCUAUGCAGCCACAGCCACUAGCGCAGCAGUUAGGGCCCUCAGCAGCCGCGGUCACCGCUCCGCAGGUUAUGUCCUUGCCACCACAGCAGCAUUCGGUGCAACAGCCACAGCCUCCGGUGCAGCCAGCGCAGCCCCAGCAGUAUCAGCAAGGUCCGAUUCCUUCGCAGCAGCAACAGUCAUAUGCUCCGCAACCGGGAUACCCACCUCAACAACAGUAUGCGCAGUAUGCCCAAAGCACUCCACCUCAGCAGUAUCCGCCACAAGGUUGCCUUCCUCACUAUCCCGUUUUUGAAAAUACUUCAGGCUACCAGAAUGCUCCAUCACAGGCUUUCUAUGGACAACCUGGAGCUCGGCAACCCUAUCCACAGCAGUAUGCACAGCGACCGCCUUAUCAGCAGCCAAUGCAGGCUUACGGUCAACCACUGCGACCGAGCUUUCCACCAACUUCUGUUGCCGCACCACCGCCUGGCCAGGGCUACGGUUAUCCGCAAGGUUAUCCGCCUCAAGGACCACAGUAUGCGCCACCGCCUGGCAGCUAUGCUCAUCCACAGGCGCAGCAGCAGGCACCCCCGCCAACUUCAAUGCCACAGCAGAUGGAGUCCUCGGAUGCCGCUACACCUCCAAUGCACCAAGGAGCUCCAUCAAACCAGCAGUAA